AGUCACUUCCUUUGGUUUUUUAUAUCUUUCUUUCAACAGGAUGCGUGGUGCUGGGGGCAUUAGCAAAGAAGCUGCAUUGCUCGAGACUCAGAGAAACCCAGGAGAUAUGGCCAACGUUUUAGACAUACUGGUUGAAAAAUUUAAGGAGUUUCAGGCUUCGCAAGAGUUUUCCAAGGAAGCCUUGACAGAGGCACAUGAGAAAACUUCAAAGGGCAUGCAGGAGAUGGAAUCAAUGCGAGGGUACAUAACAGGGGUUACGAUGAGGAAACCGUCGGAGCAUUGGCGUCCUUCAGUCCCACUGAAAGGGCUGCGGCCCAUUCGAGCAAGGGAGCUUCAAAUUGACAAGCACCAUCAAGGACGUGUUCUCUUCGGAACGCUGUGUGUUGAUUCCUACAGAAUGGUAGGCAUUAUGACUAUCUUGGAAGAUCAGUUUGGAGAUGCUAUUCGACUUGCAAUAUACAACACUUCCCUUUCCACAAUGGAAACGGAAGGUGCCCGCAAGCUUUAUCCCAAAGGCUCCAAGGUUGCAGUCAAACAGCCUUACUUCAAGCAAGGCGCCCAAGAUGUUGUGCUUAUGCUGCGCGUCGACAAUCCUGAAGACGUCGAGAUUUUGGCUACCUUACCAGGAAAGGCAGAAAGUCCUGUGGUCAAGGAAUUGCUUGAAUUACACAGUGAAGGCAACAAAUACUUUCGGGAUGAGGAUUGGAACAAGGCAAUUGAGUAUUAUUCCAGAUGCAUAGACUUGGCUCUCUCGCGGGAGAAAAUUGAGCCCCAAGUUCCCUCUGCUUCCAACAUCCAGGAGAAAGUGAAGGAGGCUCUUGUGUAUUCUUAUUCUAAUCGGGCAGAGGCAAGGAUUAAGCUGAAAGAGUACAGGGAUGCUGUACAAGACUGUGAAAAGGCGUUAGGCCUUCAUCAGAAGCAUCUCAAAUCCUCGUUUCGAAAAGGUCGAGCUUUCCAUUCUCUUGGAGAAUAUAAGUUAGCUUGCCAAUUCUUUGAAAGAGCCCUGGAGCAGGCCCCAACUGCUAACGACAUCCAGUUGCACUAUGAAAAAUCUAUGGAACUCAGCCGUCAGAACCAGCAAGGGUGCGGCAGAGGAUUGUUUGCUACUGACAAUGCAGCUAUGGGAGAUUUUCUGCUCGUGGACAACACCAUUGCAUUCAGCGGCAUCGAGACAGCAAGAUUCAAAGGGAAACUUCGGAAAGGCAUGCCUUGUAUGAUAGAAGUGAUGACAAAGCUAGGUCAUCUUAAAAGAGAUUUAGAGGCUAAAAUCACUUCCUCUGCAGCAUCAUGUCCGAGGAUAAUGCAGCAGCUAGAGUACCUUGCUGAUUCAGAUGAAAUGAAGGUGCCACCCAUGGAUCUGUUCCGGAUAAAUAAUGCCAGCUGGAAUAACUACGAUGUUUUCAAUCAAGAUUGGGAGCCAGACCACCAGAAACUUGAAAAGAUCAUGCGAAAUGUGGGGUGUAAAGUACAAAGUAUUGAAUCAUAUAGUGACACGAAAAGACAAAAUGAGCAAUAUGGUUUGUGGGCACUUCCCUCUUUCAUCAAUCACUCCUGUUUUCCCAACGCCAAUUGCAUUGUUGUGGGAGAAGCCAUGUUUGUUAUAGCUGCAAGAAAAAUUGUAGCUGGAGAAGAAAUAACAAUCCCUUACUUUGACACUCUUUUCCCAUUGUUCAGACGAGAACGUACAUGCAGGGGAAUGGGAUUUAAGUGUGAUUGUAAGCGGUGUAUGUUAGAAAGAUCCUUAGUAAUAGCCGAAGAGUCACCAUUGCAGGAAAUUGCUGAAAUCGUUGACUCCGUAGACCUCACCAUGCCUUCUGAUCUUGACUUGUGGGCAACUGCUAUGCAAGUGGAAAACACCAUAGAUGUCCUGUCCACUGAAGAAAAGAAAAUGAUAAGAGCAUCUUAUUUUCCGCUCUAUUACAAUAUUUUUGGGUUACAUCGUAUUCAUCCUUAUGCCAGGACAACUUUACCUUCGCUGAGGGAAGUAUUCGAUGGCAUCCAAGAGGUUGUUCCAGGGAAUUGUAUGUGCUUUGAGCUGUUUGCAAGGUUUCCUGUUUAUGCGAAGAAUGAAGAUGAAACAAAGAAAGUUCAUUUGAAGAAGGCAUUGGAAGUAUGCACAACGUAUAUGGGAAAGCACGAAGAAGGGAUUCUAAAAGCUGUGUUGAACUCCGUUGCGACAGACGUCUUCGAACCGGGACUUACUUUGUUUGGCGAACAUAAAUGUGUAGAUUCUGGUACAUAG